UCAUCAUCGAGCGACAAUUGUAGUGCUGCUGCCUUAGCAACCUGCUAGCUUCUUCAGGUUCAGCCGAAUUUGAGACCUAAUGACAGCAUCUACUCGCAGCACAGUGUUGUCCCUGUAUAUGCGUGUGUUUCGCAUCGCCCGGACCUGGCAAGCACAAGGUGGAGUUAAAGGAGACACAGCAAAUGAGAGAAAGUACAUGGUGCAAGAGGCGCGCACUCUGUUCAGACAGAACCAAGAGAUUACAGAUCAAGAAGCAAUAAAGAAGUGUAUUGAAGAAUGUGAAGCAAGGAUAGAAAUAGGCCUACAUUACAGGAACCCAUAUCCAAGGGCUACCUACCUCCCACCGAUGGGACUGGCCACUCAGAAGGGCAGGAAGCUGCGAGCUCAGCAGCGCCUUAGGAAGCAGGCCAAACCAAUUUACUUACAGUCACAGGACGAAACCUGAUGGCUGAUGUCACAACCAUUGUCUAGAUUUCAAGCUAUCAUGGACCGAAAGCCGGGGGGCAGUCAUCAUGUGAUAACAAGGUUUCUCCCAGCAUUCGCUAAUGCAAGAAUAGUCUUCAUUCAGGACACGCAUACAUUUCUUUGUAAUUUCUUACACUAAGCAUGAGUUUUACAUGUUGUUGAAGAGUCUCAGAUUGUGUUCAGCUCAGGAAGGUUAUCACUGUGGAAUGAAUUCUGUUCCAGAUCAAACUGUAUAUUUUAUUUAUCAUCAUGUCUAAAGAUUACUGUGUAUUUGGGUAAUAAAAUGUAUUCUUGUGAAAAAUUAAACGGUUGUUCAG